AUGGAUAACGGACUCGAUUACGAUGUUGAUCAUGUAGAGAAGGGUCAUUCCCAGCAGAAGCUCAAUCAUGAGAACGGAAGGCCCCAGGGGUUUCCAGACCUCAAACAAGUCCAGACUACCAUUACAUUAUCACCAGAGCAAUUUGAGAGGCUGUAUCUCGCACCAAUUGGCCGUCAUCAGCCAGCUCUAGCCAAAAAGUUUGGAAAUCCAACACCGCUGGCGAUUGCAAGCUUUGUUCCGACAACAACUCCGGUGUCUUGCGCGCUGAUGGGAUGGAGAGGAGCCGGCAAUAAUGGCGUUGCCGUCGAUGGUGCAAUGGUGUUUCUUGGUGGAACAAUGCUAGUGGUCUCUGGUCUUCUUGAAUUCGUCCUAGGCAACACCUUUCCUUUUGUCGUCUUCUGCUCUUUCGGUGGCUUCUGGCUUACUUUCGGAUGCACACUGCAAGCUUCGUUCGGUGCAGCCUCUCCAUAUUCAACCACUGGAACCAACACCGCUGAAGGUCUGGCAUCAGCAGGGUUCAUGAGUACUUUUGGCUUCCUGCUCCUCGCGAUGGAUUUGUUGGUGGUUGUCUAUGCUAUCUGCGCAACAAGAACGAAUGCCGUUUUCUUCACCGUCUUUCUCUCUUUGAUAGUCGUCUUCUCGUUACUGACGGCAUCGUUCUGGAUGUUGGCAUUGGGUGAUACUGUGGUGGGAGUGAGGCUGUACAAGGUGAGCAAUGCAAAAUUUUACUAUAAUCUCUGCUACUUAAACGUUCUAGCCAAUCCUCAGGGUGGCGGCGGAGCUCUUUUCGGGACCAGCUUGCUAGGAUGGUAUCUCCUCACAGGCCAACUAUUUGAAGCAGUUGGGAUGCCCUUCACUUUACCUGUUGGGGAUAUGAGUCGCGUAUGGAAUCUGGGAAAGGACAGAGAUUAG